GUUUAUCGCUCUGGAGCACAUGUAAUCACAGCACCCUCUCAAUCUGACUUAUCCAGCGUCAACAUUCAACGGAUCAGGGACCGCUUCAGGCCGCCCGAUGAAGCAUCAACAAAGUUUCAUCGAACAUCAUCAGUCCAAGUGAACCAGGGCAAUUAUCCACGGCCACCCAUCAUGAACAAGAAUGAAGAUAUCUUCGCUUUUGAGUGGUGUUCUGAGCCGCUUGAUAAGAAAGCACUCUCGGAAAGUGAAUGGCGUCGACAUAUAGAUCGAGAUCUCAAGCCGUAUAUUUGCCUCUCAGAAGAAUGUCAAGAAGUGCACCCAGUCUAUUCUACCUUUAAUGAAUGGUAUAGCCACAUGAAUUGUCACAGUCGGCGUUGGUAUCGGCAGAUAUAUCUGUCACCUACCUGGGUAUGUACUAUUUGCGAGUUUAAUUCAGGCGUGUAUAGCAACCCGCAAGAUUUAUACUCGCAUCUCCAAGAAUCGCAUGAUGGGGACUAUACGAAUGAGCAACUUCGUGUUAUUUCGCAACAGAGCAAGAUAAAGCAACCAAGGGCGUGGGAUAAUUGUCUUUUGUGCGGAUUUACAGUAGAGGAGGAAGAUACUGAGGGCACAACGGGGUUUCUUAACGAACAAACGGAAAAUUAAAGCACGAGGCUUUUAAAAGCGCCAGGACGACAUACUCUAUGAUGCAUCCUGGUCACUACAGUU